AAGGGGAGCGAUCCAGACAAAGAGAAGAAAGGCCUGGAGGGUCGAGCGGACAGCAUCGGGAGCGGCCGAGCGAUCCCAAUUAAACAGGGCAUGCUCCUGAAGCGAAGUGGCAAAUCCCUGAACAAAGAGUGGAAGAAGAAGUACGUCACCCUGUGUGAUGAUGGCGUACUGACCUACCACCCGAGUUUGCAUGAUUACAUGCAGAAUGUGCACGGGAAAGAGAUUGACCUCCUGAGAACCACUGUGAAGGUCCCAGGGAAGAGGCCCCCCCGAGCCACGUCCGCCUGCGCGCCCAUCUCCAGUCCUAAAACCAACGGCCUGGCCAAGGACAUGAGCAGUUUACACAUCUCACCUAAUUCAGGGCAUGUCACUAGUGCGUCUGGGCCUCAGAUGGCAAGCGGCGUCAGCCUGGUCUCCUUCAACAGCCGGCCGGACGGCAUGCAUCAGCGUUCCUACUCUGUCUCCAGUGCUGACCAGUGGAGUGAGGCUACAGUCAUUGCAAACUCGGCCAUCAGCAGUGACACGGGGCUGGGCGACUCCGUGUGUUCCAGCCCGAGCAUCUCCAGCACCACCAGCCCCAAGCUCGACCCGCCCCCGUCUCCUCACGCCAACAGAAAGAAGCACCGGAGGAAGAAAAGUACCAGCAACUUCAAGGCCGACGGUCUCUCAGGCACCGCUGAAGAACAAGAAGAAAACUUUGAGUUUAUCAUCGUGUCUCUCACUGGCCAGACAUGGCACUUUGAAGCCACCACGUAUGAAGAGAGGGACGCGUGGGUCCAAGCCAUCGAGAGUCAGAUCCUGGCCAGCCUACAGUCGUGUGAGAGCAGCAAAAAUAAGUCGAGACUGACCAGUCAGAGUGAAGCCAUGGCCCUGCAGUCAAUACGAAACAUCAGAGGGAAUUCGCAUUGUGUGGACUGCGAGACGCAGAAUCCGAACUGGGCCAGUUUGAACUUGGGUGCCCUUAUGUGCAUUGAGUGCUCAGGGAUCCACCGGAAUCUUGGCACCCACCUUUCCCGCGUCCGCUCUCUGGACCUCGACGACUGGCCUAUUGAGCUUAUCAAAGUGAUGUCAUCCAUUGGGAAUGAGCUGGCCAACAGCGUCUGGGAAGAGAGCAGCCAGGGGCGGACGAAACCCUCACUAGACUCCACAAGGGAGGAGAAGGAGCGGUGGAUCCGGGCCAAGUAUGAGCAGAAGCUCUUCCUGGCCCCACUGCCAUGCUCAGAGCUGUCCCUGGGCCAGCACCUGCUGCGGGCCACCGCCGACGAGGACCUGAGGAUGGUCAUCCUGCUGCUGGCGCACGGCUCCCGGGACGAGGUGAACGAGACGUGUGGCGAGGGAGACGGCCGCACGGCCCUGCACCUGGCCUGCCGGAAGGGCAACGUGGUUCUGGUGCAGCUCCUCAUCUGGUAUGGCGUGGACGUCAUGGCCCGGGAUGCCCAUGGGAACACGGCGCUGGCCUACGCCCGGCAGGCCUCCAGCCAGGAGUGCAUUGAUGUGCUGUUGCAGUACGGCUGUCCCGACGAGCGCUUCGUCCUCAUGGCCACCCCCAACCUGUCCAGGAAGAACAACAACCGGAACAACAGCAGCGGAAGGAUGCCUACCAUUAUCUGAAGGGUCGCUUGAACCUGCCGACACCUGCCACCGCACAGCCUGGCCGCACCACCUCUCCUGGAAGUGACCGCACGUGAGUCCUCCCACGUCCCCGCCCUCCUCCUGGUGGUCACCUCCCCGUCGCCCACCCCACCCCCUGAAAUCACAAAACUUGGACCGUCCUGAGGAGGUGAAGAGGAGGCAGGAGGCUGCAGAACCGAUUCCUUUUCCUACCACCUCCUGAGUGACAAGCAGGAGACGCCCGCCAGCCUUGGUCCUUUGAUGAUAGCACACGACUCCGCCGCGGGACACGCGUCCCUGUGGCCAGCAGACACCGCGCAGCGGGCAGCGCGGGGACGGGUACGAGAGCGGGAGGGGAGGCGAGGAGCCAGGAGAAGGGGUAACUUUCCUUGACUGGCAGUUAAGCACAUCAGUACAUUCCACCUCUACCAAAUGGAACGCUUGGAUUUCAUCCCUUCUCCAGGAGCUUGACGGCAUAAAUCAGAAGCAAGCACAGAGUUUGUCAGGUUUGAAGCCCCUAUGAUGGUGUGUGUCAAAUCAGUUGUAGCUAAUCUGUCCGGGGAGAGUACUGGCUUCAUUACACUCGUAUAGUUGAGUUCUUCCAGCAUUACCGCUGUUUAAUAGAACAUGAUUAGUCAUCACCCAGAAGAAAGCAUAUUAGCCGAGGAGGUAGUUACGCGGCAUGCUCCAGUGAUUGCCAGAAUGUGAUUGCAAUAUUCUUAGAAGCAUCAUAUUAUCCCGACAUGUUCUUUCGAGCCCUUGGAGCCCUCCUUUCUAAAUUCACUGUCAUAAUUUAGUAUCUGUUUAAUUUUUCAGUCCAAAGAGAGGAAAUCAGAUGCUGAGGAUUAUUUGAAAGCGGUCUCCUUGGUGUAGAAACAAAAAGGGGAAAAUAAAUAGGGGCGACUCUGAAAUUUGGAAGGAAAGAAUGAACCCAGCCAAUCAUAACACUUCGAGUACAUUUAGUAAGCUAAAUAAAUACAUAAAAGGCUAUUUUUUUCCCUGGCGUGACAGAGAGUUUAUGUCCUUGCGCCAAGGUGAAUGUGUUGGGCUCAGUCACUCCAGCGCUGCGUUGCCCGACUUACACAGCUUUCUAUAUUCUGUCUUUUAGAUGAGAUGUGUGAAAAUCUAUUUGAAUAAAAGACAUUCAUAAAUAUGCAUCGAUUUUUGUACAGACAAAUGGCAUCUCUGUUAAUUUAUAAAUUGAACUGGAUGUGAACUAAUAAUGUGCAACUAGUUGAGAUAAGAGGGUCACAGAUCAUUGUACAUGGAAAAUAUUCCCAGCAGUAAACACUUCCAUUAAUGUGAUAUACAGCUUUUGAAAGGGAACAUAUCAGAAUAAGAUGGUGGUACAAUUUGCUUAUUAAAAUCGAGAAAGAAAAAAGACAAUGACGCAUCUUAUGAAGGGGGAGAGGCAUGUGAUUUCUCACUGGCAGAAGUGUGAUUUAGAUCAGAUACCACUUUUGCUAACCAAGAGGAAGAGGCUACGGCAAGACGAUGAUUUCUGAAUCCCAGACCUGGGUGCUUUGGAAAGGCGGGUCGUGACCAGCUGCCGACUGUUCUGUGGCUCACAAGCAUCCUUAAGACUUUGACUUGGUGGCCAAGCUCUUCAUUCUAGUAGGUCACCAGAUUUUCCGUUGUGGUGGUAUUGGGCUGCUUCAAUGUGAUGGUCAGACAGAGCAAACCAAAUCAUGAUACCGUAGGUUACAAAGAAGAAGGGGCGACAUUGGCUGGAGCCCUCUGACACUAUGACAGGAAGAGGCUUUGUCACACUGUAAGACCACAUUGUAGGAAAACAGUACCAUCCACCCAGCCACCACCGGAAAAGCCCCUUGCUCUGAUACAUGAAACCUUCUAUUUUGUAAGAGUUUUUCCUCUUCUUUCACUUUUGAAAAAAAAAUUAAAAUUAAAAUAGGUGGAAAUAAAAUAAAGCUUUACACAGA